AUGGCAGAUGAUAUCUUGCUCAGCAAGGUCCAUGGCCUCAGCGACCUCGAACUCGCCGGGCUACUGUGCCUCGACCAGAUAUUCACCAAGACCUUUGGCCUCAAAUGCGUCGUUGUCGACUGCCACGCCCACACCACCCUCGAUGACUUCGCCGCCGCCAUUCUCACCUCGAUACCCCAGUCACGCACCCCCUCGCCCUUUCAAACCCGCAACUCGGCGGACCCCUCGUACUUUGGCGCCCGCCCCGGCGCCCUCACCCCUCUGACCUCUCUCUCGGCGACGAGCCCCGGCCACCCUCCCCCGGCCAUGGCCAACGUCAUCCUCGCCCGCAACCUCGACCAAGCGCCCAAGGCCGUCCAGAUCCAGGCCCUCGAGCUCCUGCGGACCCGCCGCAUCUUCACCCGCACCGCCGUCCCAGGCGGCGCCCAAGCAGUUCCUCUUCGUCGCGGCGCUCGGCGCGCAGAGCGGCGGGCGCGCGCGCGAUUCGAGGCCACCGUGGGGGACGGCGGCUCGGAGACGGGCAGCAUGGAGAGCGUCGUGAAGAAGAGCGUCAACGGGGACCUCCGAGUCGAGGACGACCCGUUGCUGAGCGAUGUGGAUAUCGCUGCCCUGGCAAGGCUCAGUCAGGGUGUGCAGAUUGACGUGGAUGUCCUCCGCUACCAGAUGAAUCUGAUAUCCUUCUUGCGAAUGCACCGAGCCGUCGGGGGUGGUGUCAGUCCAACAGCGACGAAGCACUUUGAGCAGCUGAUCAAGGCGCUGGCGCCGCUACACCAGCUGGAUUACGCGACGCCAGGCCUCGUCGCACUGGCGUUGCGGAAGGUCUAUCUGCACAGGAUCCAGAUCGUGGAGCCGGGACAGGAGAGGAGCAUGCAGUGGGGUAGCGAGCUCGAGGCCAUAGAGGCCUUGCUCGAGGAUAUCGGGCCGGAAGAGGUCAUGGAAGAGGUUCUGGACAUGGUUGCGACGCCACUUUGA